AUGUCUUCUCCAUAUCAAAAUAAUCAGUAUCAUGAUCAACACGUUAACGUUCCUGGUGAAUGGUCAUCUGGCCUCUGCGACUGCUUCUCCGAUGUCCCAAAUUGUUGCCUAACAUAUUGGUGUCCAUGCAUCACUUUUGGGCAGAUUGCAGAAAUCGUCGACCAAGGAUCAACUUCUUGUGGACCAAUUGAAGCGCUCUACACAUUUAUAAGCGUGAUAACUGGAUGUGCCUGCAUAUACUCUGGUUUCUAUCGUACCAAAAUGAGGAAGCAGUGCAAUUUACCGGAAAGCCCUUGUGGAGAUUGCCUUGCUCAUUUCUGCUGUGAUACCUGCGCUUUGUGUCAAGAACACCGCGAGCUCAAAAAUCGCGGAUUCGACAUGUCCAUCGGAUGGCAAGGGAAUAUGGAGAAGCAGGCAAGAGGAGUGGCAAUUGCUCCAGUUUCUCAUCAAGGAGGAAUGCAACGUUAA